AUGGUAAGGGUUCAGCCCAUCCUUGCGCGACCCUGGGUGCAUAUUCGGAAUGCGACGGAUUUGUCGCACCGGCCAUCCUGGCUUGGGCACGACCACUUGCAGUUUACCGAGCGGCUAUUCAGCAAGGGGAUUCAGUCGCACCCCAUCCUGGUGGCACAGACGCUGCACAAGCUGAAAGGGGAUGUGCCUCAUGUGGCCUUUGCUGGGCGGUCCAAUGUGGGCAAGUCCACACUCCUGAAUAUGCUACUUCAUGGCAGGCCCAACCCUGUGCCACAGCACAUGGCUGAGCGCAAGAAGCUGUUUGACGCUAAAGCAGCACCGGUUUCAGCAACGCCGGGGAGGACGCGGCACCUUUUUCGCUUCGAGUUGGGCGGAGCUAUGAUUCUAGCUGACCUUCCUGGGUAUGGCUACGCCCGCGCUUCUAAGGAGGUGCAGGAAGGCUGGAGAGAACUGGUGGAUGGCUAUUUGACCAACGCAGACCGUCUCGAACGUGUGGUCUCCCUGGUGGACGCCAGGGUUGGCGUGAAAUCCUCCGACGAGGAGCUUUGGGAACUGUUGCAGGAGAGGGAGAGGCAGCUGAUGGUCGUUUUGACCAAGGCUGACCAAUGCACGCCGGAGAUGCUCAACCGAUCCAUGGCACAUGUUGUGUCAUUGUUGGAGAUGAUGCAAUCAAGCUAUGUGUGGCCCUACGUGCAUGCCGUGAGCGGCUUGCACGGCCAUGGAGUCAAAGAGCUCCGAGCUUCCAUUAGCAUGAUAGCAUCUGACUUUGUCACGCGGCAAAAGCGCGAGGGAACACUCCAACAGGCCUUGACCGCAGAGCUGCUGCCGCUCUUGAAGAAGGCACCAUCGGCGCGAGUGGUGGCGGUGUCCAGCACAGCGCACCUCGGUGCCAACAAGGAAUUGAUGCAAGGAGAUUUGAUGGCCCCGGAUCGCUACACGCAAUGGGGUGCCUAUUGCCAGUCCAAGUUGGCCAAUGUCUUGUUCGCGAAAGAGCUGAACCGGAGAUUUCAGGAGGCUGGCUGGAAAGCUACGGCAGUUUCUUGCCACCCUGGCGGUGUGGACACUGACCUCGCCAGAUGGACCAUCACCCCCGAUGGAGACCCUCAGAAGGCUACACAGCUCCGUAAGGACACGCCUUUGGUGGACACGGUGGCCACCUUCCUGACUCGCUCGGUGAAGUUGGGCGCCAACACCCAGGUCUUUCUGGCUGCAGGUAAGGAUGGCGACUACACUGCCUCCGGGGGCGAGUACUUUGACAACAUGGCUCCAGGCUUGACGAAUCCAGUUGCCAAUGACGAAGCCUUGGGGAAGGUUCUCCCGGUGGUCAUCCCCAGCGCUUGGCAGUUGGUCCAGACCUUGCCGCGUCGCAAAACUGCCCCCUGGUGGGCCUUGCUGCUGUCCGGCCUUGGCUUCGGGGUCAUCUUCGCCCUUCUGCUGCGGCUGUGGUCAUGGCGCCGUCAAGCGCAGAAGGGGCUCCCAGCCCCUGCAGUGAAGCGCGACGGGCGGUUGAAGGAGUUGCUGGCGACGGUGCGGUGCCACACCAAGGAGACGCGAGAAGCGACUGCCUCGCUUCGACAGAGCGCAGAGCAGCAAGAAAGGCUCUAUCAGAUGUCAGCUUUAGACUUCCAGCGGCGGAUGGAUGACGCCACGCGGCGCCGCCCCAAGCGAAUGGAGGUGGCCCCUGAGUCCCUGCAGCUCUUGCGCACGCUGGUGGCAGGGGACGAGGGGUACCCGCAGUGGUUCCAGCGGGCGAGCGCGGCUGUGCAGCGCUUGGUCACCCAGUCCUCCAGCCUGGCAGUUGCCCGACGUUCCUUGCAGACACUCCUGCUGAUUCUUCAGAACCGCAUAGUGCACCCAUCGCUCGAGAAGUACCGGGAAGUCAAUGCUAGCAGCACGAGAUUCCGCGAAACCUUUGCGGAGGAGCGACAGGCUAUCGCUGCAGAGCUCCUAUGCCUCGCGGGCUUUGAGCAACGAGGCGAAAGCUUCAUCGCUUCGGAGGAUCUGAGUCAGGCAGAGCGCCUUCGGGAUUUGUUGCAGGAGGCGCUGCGUGAUCUGAAGGGCCGCUGGAGCCAAAGUGCACCUGCUGCGUGA